GCAGAGCAAAGAGAGAAACAGGAGUCAUGGCGUCUGCUCUCUACUCUGAGGAUUUAACCUGCUCUAUUUGUCUGACUUUCUUCACUGAUCCUGUGACUCUGCCCUGUGGACACUCUUUCUGCAGAGGAUGUGUCACAGCUGCUCUAAGUGCGCAGGAGCUGUGUCCACAGUGUCGGACAGCUGUUCCUACUGAAGGGAGAAGCCUUCCAACCAGCCACAUACUGAAGAGCCUCUCUGAGAAGGCCAAGGACGAAGAGAGGAGAAAGACGGAGCAGAGCCAGCAGAAAAUACAGGUGGCAGAGUUGUGUCCUGAGCAUGACGAAAAGCUGAAACUGUUCUGCGUCACAGAUCAGCAGUUAGCUUGCAUCAUUUGCAGAGAUGGGGAGAAGCACGAAGGACACAGGUUUAAACCAAUCAAAGAAGCAGCUGCAGCUCUGAGACAGGAGUUGGAGAAGUGGACGGAGAACCUUUGUGGUGAUGUCUCUGCUACAGAGAGCCUAGCAGACUCACAGAGGGAAGAAAUAACAAAAACCAAAGCAAAGUCUCA